AGAGGGUGAGAAAGGGAGGGUGAAAGAAGUUAGAGAAGGACAUUUUUAGUUAUGUUUUGUAAUGUUUAAUGUUAUACAUUGCUUUGGCAAAACAUGAUUAUUCUUGUCAUGCCAAUAAAGCUUUUUGAAUUGAAAUGCGAGGAAAGAGAGAGAGAGAGAGAGAGAGAGAGAGAGAGAGAGGGAAGGAAUUGUCACCAUAGCAAUCGGAGCAUCAACAGGCACGUAGAAGAAGAUCUGGGUUCAGAAUCGGUUUGGAUUGCUAAAUAAACAUUGAUCACCGCUGUGAUUGAUUAUCGAUUAGCAAAUGACAUGGCUGAGUCUGGAGUGCAUUGAUUACCAAUCAGAGACAUUAUUAGCAAUCAGACACAUUAAUUACCAAUCAGAUCCUCAUCUGAGAAUUGCCCUACUGACCUGCAUGAGCAUCACAGAGCAGUUCAAUUAUAAGCGACUUCACUGGAACACAGGAGUGCUGUGCUCUCAUGCAGCACUGUACACAUUAUCUCAUCCAAUUCAUUUUCUUUUACUUCUCAGUAUAUAAUACCACUUGAACUGUUUAAAUAGUUCAGCUCCAGAUUUUUUUCUGUAACGUUACUUCAUCCAGAAAGCCAGUUUUGCUGAUUUCCCACUCCAAAUGAAGUGUUUAUAAAUUAAUUAAUUAAUCAGACAUUGUCCACCCCUGCUCCUCUGACAUGCCCACUUUGUGAUUGAUGGGGUUAAUUUCCUUACUACAGAGUUAUUUCAAGAAGAGAUAAGGACAAGAGAGAUCAUUUGACUUGCUUUGGCAGAAGAAAUCAACUUUAUAGUAAUCAGGAGAGGGGGAAGGGAAGGACGAUAGAAUGAGAGGAGGGUAAAAGGGAGUGGAGACAGUUGAUGUAAAUUCUUUCUGAAAAACAAAGACAGACAGAGAUAAACACAUACACAUACACACAGUAAUGACACCACCCCCCUCCCCCAUAUCCUCCCAGGCCCCCCCAUCUCUCCUGUCUCACUCUGGGCUCCAGCAGAGCGCCUCCUACUGGCUGGGGUGUGGGGUGCUGUCCAUGGUGCUGAAUGGCUGGGUGCUGCUGGGGCUCUCUGCUCGCUGUGAGCAGCGCCGGGCCCUGGACCUGCUCCUUGCCCUUCUGGGGGGGACCCACAUGCUCAGCGCUGCCCUGCCCCUCAUCCUCUUCUCCUGCGUGCAGCUGGGGGAAGCAAACCAGCGCCCCCCGCAGCCCUCCCAGUACAGCCAGCUCAGGGGAGCACAGCACUGGACAGAGAACCUCUGCAAAGCCUUCGUCUCCACAUUCUACUGCCUAAUGCUGGCAACCUGCUUCACAGGCUCCUCUCUCUCCUACCACCGGAUGUGGAUGGUGAAGUGGCCGGUGAAUUACCGUCUCUCAAGCCCACGGAAGCAGGCGUGGCAGGCCACGUUGGGAGGCUGGACAGCUGCCUUCAUCCUGGCCACACUGCCCUCGCUGGGUUGGCACACCCCUGGGCAGCGCUUCUACCAGGGGGGCACCUGCCACUACAGCCCCGGGUACAUCGGCCUGGGCUUCGGGUUGUGCCUGCCCCUGCUGGUGGGAGGGGGCACUGCCACGGCGCUGUGCUGCUCUAUUCUCACCCUUACCGAGACGCUCUGCAGGGGGCGCUGCCAUGCCAAGGGGGGGUCGAGGGGCCGGGGGUUGGAGGAGGGUCUGGGAGAUGUGCCAGCCAUUGUGGUGGAGGACACCAGGGGGCAGCGCAAGUCCUCGAUCGAGGGGUCCGAGCCCCCCAAGAUCUCCAUGCAGACCACCCGCCUCGUCACCGCCAUCGUGCUGCUGUAUGCGGGGCUGGCAGGGGUGCCCCUGCUGGUUGUAUCCAUUGUCUCAGUGCAGUCUCAUUCUCAGUCUGCCUUCACGGCUCCCUCCUGUUGGGAGGCGGUACUGCUCUGGUCAUGUCUGCUGCAGACCCUGCCCCUCCCCCUCCUGGUCUGGGGGUGUGAGCGGUACCGACCCAAAGCCCGGCCUAUGUGGGAGCGCUGCCUCCGAGCCCUGUCCCAGGACAGCACAGAGGAACCAGGGAGAUGCCUUGACAACCUGGAUUCCAUCGCCAUGGUUUCCAGAGCCGCGGAGGCGAAGGGAGCGACGCUAUUCACUAUGGAGAGAGGGGCAGGGAAACUGUUUCUACCCAAUCACAGCACAGCAUUGCAAAGUAGAGUGCAUUACCUGCAGGUCCCAGCCAAUAGAAGGCACUCUCACGAUGACAGUGAUUCCUGGAGUCAUGCCCCCUCCAACUCCCUGCUUCCUCGUUGGUCUUCCUCUGAUGACAUCAUUAGCAACCAACACCGGCUACCUGUAGGGGGCAGGUCCUUGUCCUUACAUGACUUCCUGGAGAUGCUCCCACCCCCAGAUGCACAGAGGUAUAUUAAAAGAAUGAAGGAAGCCACCUCCCCCUGCUUCUCCAGACAGGAAGUGAUGCGCUUCAUUAACAAGGAUGACCUCUUCAUGACCCAGCGGCAUCACCACAGCAACCAAGCCCGGAGAGCAUCACUUGCUAUUGUCAUGAUUACACCCACCCUGGUAACCUGCUCCGAGCGCACUCACAGGGCGCACAGACAGCAGCCUGAGAGGAGAGCCUCCCUCAGCGGACCCGAUAGCCAGAACCACAGGGAGAUGCGCUGCGGAGAACACAGAGACUGGGACUGAACCAGCCAGUGUGUGAGCGCGUGUGCGUGUCUCUGUCUCAUUUAAUAUUAAACAGUGUUUAUACAA